CGCACUGUCAUUGGGGGUUUAAGAUGUACUGAGAGAAGCAGACUGGCAGUGAAUGAGUUAGUGCAUUUGAAGGCUCCCUCUUAGGGUGUGCAGAAUGAAUUGCAGGCUGUGUGAGAUGCUUAGGAUACCAAAUCAGAUACAAGGAAGGCUACUCUACUGAACUCAGCUCUCUCUGGCUGUCAGGACCACUAAGGAACUGCACAGGAGCUCCACUGGGGACACAAGGUCCAUCAUGUGGUUAGUCCAAAUGGUAUCUGCCUGGGAGAAUGUAAUACCUGCCCUAAGCCUCUUGGAUUCAUUAUAAGAAAAAUCAACACAGUGUAUCUUUGCUUUCUUCUGCCAGAUGUCCAGUGUUCAUCUACGUACACUGAUGCAUGGAAAGUUCCUAAUCUUGCAGGAGCUGUUUCUGAUCUUAUCUUCAUACUGAAAACACAGAGUGAUUUACUGUCUGGGCGUUUUUUAGGUUUAUCUGGUAUCCUGGAAUCUUCAAGCUGACAGCAAGAAGGACAAUGAAGGAUCUUAUAUUUAUAUAAAGGCGAAGAACCUAAAGAAAAUACACACCAAGAAGGAAAGAGAAAGAGAGGAUAGUGACUUAAUUGUCAUGAAUAUAUAUUCUUUGCUAUAACACUCUAACAGAGUAUCAUUAGAUGAGGCUUACCUGUCUUAUCUACUAACUAGUACUUUUAUCAGCGGCCAUUUAUAGUGGCCUGGCUGUUGCAUAACCACUUCUAACACUGAUUUUGGAUAUCUCAUAACUUCAGUAACAUAUUGAUUGAUGGAAUCCCUUUCCUUCUAAGCAUUCCUUGAUUGAUGUACUUUAUCUUCCCUUCCAUUUGGUGAAUCUUGCUUUAAGAAGGGUAAGGAAAUUUGACAAAAUGAUGAUGAAUGAGAACUCAGACUUGGCGUCACCUUCCUCACUGGGGGUUGUCACAGCGACAUGUGUGUCCAAGGUGGAGCUUCGUGUAUACUGCAAGAACCUGCUGGAUAGGGACACACUCAAUAAAUCUGACCCAUGUGCGGUACUUCUAAUGCAGUCCCAGGGUCAGUGGAUGGAGGUGGACCGGUCAGAGGUAAUAAAGAGCAACCUGAACCCUGUCUUCUCCAAAGUCUUCACAGUGGAUUAUUACUUUGAAGAAGUGCAGAAACUGCGAUUUGAGGUGUAUGAUAUUCAUGGUCACUGCAGCAUUGGAGCAAGAGAUGAUGACUUUCUGGGUGGAGUUGAAAUUACCUUGGGGCAGAUUGUUGCUCAAAAGAAGAUUACCAAAGGGCUGUUUUUGAAAUAUGGAAAGUAUGCAGGAAAAUCUACUAUAACGGUGAUAUCUGAAGAGAUCUCAGGAAACAAUGGAUAUGUUGAGCUAUCAUUCUGUGCAAAGAAACUGGAUGACAAGGAUCUCUUUAGUAAAUCAGAUCCAUUCCUGGAAAUAUAUAGGAUCAAUGAUGAUCAAAGUGAGCAGCUUGUGUACAGGACAGAGGUUAUUAAGAACAAUUUGAACCCUGUAUGGGAGUCAUUUAAGGUGUCGCUAAGUUCUCUUUGCUGCUGUGAAGAAAAGCGGAAACUCAGGUGCCUGGUCUGGGAUUAUGACUCCCGUGGAAAACAUGAUUUUAUUGGAGAGUUUUAUGCAACCUUUGAAGAAAUGCAGAAAGCAAUCGGUGGAAAUAAGGUGCAGUGGGACUGUGUGAACCCCAAGUACAAAGUGAAGAAGAGAAAUUACAAGAACUCUGGAAUAGUUAUACUGACUAAUUUGAAGAUACACAGAGUCUAUUCUUUCCUUGACUAUAUUAUGGGCGGCUGCCAGAUUCACUUUACAGUGGCUAUAGACUUCACAGCGUCCAAUGGAGAUCCUCGGAACAGCUGCUCACUCCACUAUAUCAACCCUUAUCAGCCUAACGAAUAUUUAAAGGCAUUGGUUGCAGUGGGGGAGAUCUGCCAAGACUAUGACAGUGAUAAGAGAUUUUCAGCUCUGGGAUUUGGAGCUCGGAUUCCUCCAAAUUAUGAGGUUUCACAUGAUUUUGCUAUUAACUUCAAUCCAGAUGAUGAUGAAUGUGAAGGUAUUCAAGGUAUUGUGGAAUCCUAUCAGAACUGCUUACCUAAAAUUCAGCUCUAUGGACCCACAAAUGUGGCACCUAUCAUCUCCAGGGUGGCAAGAUUUGCUGCUGAAGAGGAAAGGACAAAAGAGGCUUCUAAAUAUUACAUCCUCCUUAUUCUUACGGAUGGAGUGGUAACUGACAUGGCAGAUACUCGUGAGGCCAUUGUGCGUGCUUCCUACCUGCCCAUGUCCAUCAUCAUUGUGGGGGUUGGCAAUGCAGAUUUCACGGACAUGCAAAUUCUUGACGGCGAUGAUGGCAUCCUGAGAGCCCCCAAGGGGGAACCAGUUCUUCGUGAUAUUGUACAAUUUGUACCAUUUAGAGAGUUCAAGAAUGCCUCUCCUGCUGCUUUGGCUAAAUGUGUCCUGGCUGAGGUUCCCAAACAAGUUGUGGAGUAUUACAGCUACAAAGCCUUCCCCCCUCGCUGCCCAAAAAUGGAAUCUCCAGACUCUGCUCUCAACUCCCCUCAAUGAAUCCUGUAUCACUUCUCCACUUUCUCUCUUGCAUACACUACUCUGAUUCUUCACUAGUCCAAUGGGUCAAUGGAAUAGAUGCAGCACACUAUGCGCCAAUCAUCUCUUAAUGCCAUCUUAUGGCCAAGCAUGCAACCACAGAUGCCCAGCUGCAUAUGCGCCAGAUUCACUGCUCAGAUACUUGCCACAAGCUCUUUCAUCAUUAGCUGCUAUAAUGAAGAUCCCUCACAUGUAGGAGAGCUUCUGUCUGCUCAUCACUUUAGAGGUGAAGACUUUCAACAAUUAACACAUUCACUCCAUGAGAAUAUUCAUAGUUGACAUGCUGACUAGUGUGUUUCAAAGAAUGAUCAUAUGGAAGAACCCCUAUUGCACCAGCUUUAUAAUGAACUCAGAACUACCUGUUGCUGUUCAUUCUGGAGAAAAACAGUUCUGGAUCAGAGAUCCAACUUCUGAUAUCCAUUUUAGGCACAAGAGCCACAAAUACUCAGCCUGAGGUACAAUAAACUUUUAUCAUGAUCACAUCUUUUGAGAAUCUGAAUGUAAACUUCUAGGUCAUUCUAAAAAAACAGUGGAAUGGGAAGGCAUGGGUGUGGCUUGGGUGGUUCCUAAAAUCCAGGAGUGUCCUGCUCUUUAGAAAGACAUCCUUCUUUAAACUGAUCAAGUUUCUGGUGAGAUUUAGUAAGGAGGAAAUAGUGUUAUUCUUGGAGGAUGGAAAACUUGCGCUUGUGUUUAAAUUUUAGUGGUUGCUUCUAUUUUGCUUUUUCACAAGAGCUUGUUCAAAAACAUUUACUAGAUAAUACACACUAGAUGGAUGCUACCUUUAUUUUAUUUAACAAAAAUGUGUUGCACAGUCUAUACCAAAUCAUAUAAAACUGGCCAGUUCUUCCAAGGCUUCACAAUGCCUAACCAGUUUUCUGUCCCUGAUACUUACUAUUGUCAGUAUUAAUCAUUCAGAGUAGAACUUGCCAAGGCUUCCCUCCACAGAGACAUUUUACUAGACAUUGUACCACCCCUUGAGGUAAAAAAAAAUCUGUCUAUAACAAUGGCUCAGCCAAUUCAAGCCACUUGGCAAGUACAUAAUAAUAAUUAUAAAUACAAGCAGAGAAAGACAGUUUUGCGCACAGAAUGCUCCAUGUAUGCCUUUAAGUUUUGUAAUAAUGAGGUAACAUUUGAAUCAAAUUUAUGGUCUUGCAUGCCCACUUGCCUGCCUUAGCCUUCACUUAUGCACCUGCAGCCCUCGAACUCAUCGUCUUUAGUUUCUUUUGGGAGACAGGGAGAUGGUGUGACAUGGUUUUAGCAGGAUAAUUUUUUACAGAUACCAUUGUGAGAACAAAGACAUAAAUCAUAUAUAUAUAUAUAAAUAUCAUGCAUAUACAUAUCUUAUUGAGUUGCUUAGCUUGCAAAAUGAGAAAACAAUUUACAAAAUCAUGUUCUGAGAUGCCUGUGUUAAAAUCAGCAGUGGUACUUUAUCUCCAUCUAGGCCAGGGGCGGAAUAGAAGUAGCAGCCCAUUACAAGACCUAAGGGUACUAAGGGCCGUGACUGAUUUAUUAUUUUUAACAUAGGUCGAAAAAUAAAUAGUCUUUGUAAGGUUUGCCAGAUUUAAUUAAAUGGCUGUGGGGCACAUUAACUGAUCCUGGCACAACUACAUAAUUUAAUAAGAAUGAAAUGGCAGAAACUUUCUAAACAAAAGGUUUUGGGAGACUAAAAAUCACCUGAAAUAAGGUAGUUCUGCAUUUGUGGUAUUCAGAGAAAGAAGUGACAGAUAUGUGUGCAAAACCCUGUGCUGUCUUAUUGCCCUGAUAUUUCCAAAGGUUAAUAUGAUGACAAUUUUCUGUUUAUAUUACCUUUAAUGUCUUUAGGUUACAUUCUGCCUUUGACCCUGGCUCGCUGAUGCUGUAUAUUAUGCAGCUAGUGCACAAUGAAUCUGGGCUUUAAGUGCAAUUGCUAAAGUUAUUAUGAGGGUAUGUUCACCUGUUGCACAGGGUUUAGUCUCUGGCUCAGACUGAGGUUUCUUUUAAGGUGCAUCUCACUGGCAUCUAUUUUAAUGCCCUGAUCUGUAUGCUUGUUUUUUGUGUUACUAGCUUUAAAUUGGGUAGGGUUGGAACCAACUUGGAGCUAGUACAGUACUAGGUCAGGCUGUAUCAAUUCAUGCAGUAUACAAUUCACAAUUCAAAUGGUAACAGAACCAACUGCAUCAGAAAUGGAAGCAAAAUAUCUUUGUAAUGUGCCUCUUUGAAACAAAGUUCAUACAUCACCCUCCAAUGUCACUGUACUGUUACUAUAGCUUCAUCAUACUGAAAUAUGGAAUUUUCUAAAUAUAAUCAAUUAAAUAACAAUCAAGGAACUUUUCACUCCCUCAGCAAUCGGUUUCUCUUCAGUUUCUCUUGAUGCAGAUUCCCAGGGUUGAAAACUAGGGGUAGGCAAAAGAGGCACAUGCCUAGGGCACACUGGUGGUUAUUGGAGCUAGGCACGUACGUCUUCUGUAUCCCUAGUCCAAUCACAUAUCCUCCCACCACUGGCUGGGUGGCCUAGGGCACUAAAGGUGUCAGGGUUUAAUACAGCCUUUGGGGGUGCUCUGUUUGUCUAGCAGAUGUAUUAAAGCUCACUCUUUCAAAAUCACCAGAAAUCCUGUCUCUCUUCAUGCAGGGUUUGUGCCAAAGUCAGUUAUUUUGUUAAAUUUUGCUGGUGCUGGAAUCAUUUAUUUAAGUUAGCUCUAAUUUAUCUGCUGGGAAAGGGGGCCCCCUAUAAAAUAUAUAUUACACCUACCUGUCAAUCAAAAUCAGAAACCCAUGUCCUGCAUGAAGAGAGAAUGAAGAGAGCCAGAUACUGAGAGAGAAAUAAUGAGAGAAACUUGAUUGUUUCAUAAACGGUACAGAAUUUUUCAUUGAUUAUAAGUGAAAAUUUCUUAUUUCAGCAUGAUGAAGUUUAUAUUGUUUUAAUUUUUGUCAUAUUUUCCCUUUAAACAAGAAAUAUCUGAAUAUUGACAACUGAUAGCAAAUAACUGAUAUGCUUCUAUUGUUUAAGGGGUUUGUUUUGCAGAUAUUUUCCUGUGCUGAAAGGUUAAAGAAAAGUGUGAACCUGAAAGGCCAGUCUUUUCUCUUUUUGUACUAGCCCCCUGUUUCAUGUUUAGUGCAUGUACCGAGUUCUCAAAUACCCCAGCUGUUGUGCAACACAUAGAGACAGUCAGGUGUGCAACACUGCUGUGUAUUUUAGUGCUUCUGUAAGGUUUGCAUGCUACUUGUAUAUGUUUCAGGGACAAGAUGUCUCCAAUAAAGUAAAUUCUUUUCUCGUUCUA